AUCAUUUUUUGAUUUCAUAUUAUAAAAGCUAAACCUAAGAUUGGAUUUUGUGAGUUCGGUGUUCAAAUUCAAGAGGGAAAAAACUAGAAUUUGAUCCAUUAAAAAUCCUUCGGGGGAAUGAGGAAGGUGUUGAUAAGGACCGCGGUGAUUUGCGCGACGGCGGCGGCGGCCGUCGCCGUGACGGCGUUCGUGGUGCGGCGCCGGAGGCGGAUCAACGGGCGAUGGGCUCGCGCCGGCGCUGUGUUGAAGGAGCUCGAGGAGCAGUGCGCCACGCCCGUCGAAAAAGUGAAGGAGGUGGCCGACGCGAUGACGAAGGAGAUGCACGCUGGCCUCGAGUCCGAGGACGGGAGCAUGCUCAAGAUGCUCAUUAGCUUUGUCGACAGACUCCCCACGGGGGAUGAGAGAGGAUUGUUCUACGCCUUGGACCUCGGAGGCACCAACUUCCGCGUACUGCGCGUACAAUUAGGGGGGAAGGAAGGGCGUGUCGUGAAUCAACAGUGUGAGGAGGUAUCAAUCCCUCAGGAUCUGAUGGUUGGUGGUUCAGAUGAACUGUUUGAUUUCAUUGCUUCAGCUUUAGCGAAUUUUGUUGCUUCUGAAGAUGAGGAUUUUCACCUUCCCAAUGGCAAACAGAGAGAACUUGGCUUUACCUUCUCGUUUCCAGUUAAGCAAACCUCAAUUGCUUCCGGCACUCUUAUUAAGUGGACAAAGGGUUUCAAUGUAAAUGGAACGGUUGGUAAGGAUGUUGUGGGUGAACUGACUAGGGCCCUGCAAAGACAGGGUAUUGAUAUGCAAGUUACAGCAUUGGUUAAUGAUACAGUUGGAACCCUUGCUGGUGGCAUCUAUGAUGAUAAUGAUGUUGUUGCUGCUAUUAUACUUGGCACCGGUACAAAUGCAGCAUAUGUGGAGCGUGCUGAUGCAAUUAAGAAGUGGCAAGGUCCACUUCCUAACUCUGGAGAAAUGGUUAUUAACAUGGAGUGGGGAAACUUUCGCUCCUCAUAUCUGCCAACAACAGAUUAUGAUCACGCACUCGAUGCUGAAAGUUUGAACCCUGGUCAACAGAUCUAUGAGAAGCUAAUUUCUGGAAUGUAUCUGGGUGAAAUAGUCCGAAGAGUUCUAUUGAGAUUGGCUGUAGAAGCUGCCUUAUUCGGAGACAAUGUUCCUCCACAACUUGAAGUUCCCUUUGUGCUACAGACACCAGUCAUGUCAGCAAUGCAUCAUGAUACUUCAGCUGAUCUCAAAGUUGUUGGCGCCAAAAUGCAGGAUUUCUUGGGGAUCUCCAACUCCUCCUUCAAAGCAAGGAAAUUGGUCGUCCAAGUGUGCGAUAUUGUGGCUAAGCGUGGGGCUCGUCUCGCUGCUGCGGGAAUCAUUGGCAUUCUGAAAAAGCUCGGAUGCGACCGCCCCAACAUGAAGAGGACUGUGAUUGCCAUGGACGGGGGGCUAUAUGAACACUACACUAUCUUUAGAGAAAGCUUGCUCGCCACACUGAAAGAAGUUCUCGGAGAAGAGGCCUCAGCUUCAGUGCUGGUUAUUAUGGCCAAUGAUGGAUCAGGCAUUGGAGCUUCUCUUCUUGCAGCCUCUCAUUCUCAGUAUCUUGAAGAUUAAAGAUACAUCCCUAAGCUGCUCUUCUUGCAGCAUCUGAUUCUUAGUUUCUUAAAACUUAAAAAAUCGAUCUCUAAUCCAAAACCUAUUUAGAUUUUGCCUUUUUUACAAUUUAAUAGUUAUUAUGGGUGGCUUUAAUUUAACACCACAGUGGGGCAAUCGAAGAGUUUAUCUUGAUAAUGUAUUGAUGGCUUAAAGCAGGAUCAAGAAGACUACUGAUCCACUUAGUUCUUUUGUUCUUUGUCUCAAGAAUUGAUGAAUUAAAUAAGAUUGAUGGUGGCAGCCAUCAAGACUACUGAUCCA